GGCUAAUGAUUAUGCAGGGAACUUCACUGCUGUCCCUGUCCCAAAUCUGUAAAAGUUCUCUUUCGGGCAAGGGUCAUGAGAGUAAUGCCACUGCCAUGUGACUCUGGCUUUACCCCGCUCCCUCUGCUGUCUUAGUCCUAUUCUGAAAAGUCCAUUGUGUACCUUGUCAUCAGCUCGUCUGAACCUUCUCUGAACCCUCCUGAGCUGGAAGAUUUCAUCCUGAUGGCUGACUCAAAACAACUCAGGACCAUGGAUGGGGACCCUAUGGCUGUGGAGGCCUUGCUCCGGGACGUGUUUGGGAUUGUUGUAGAUGAGGCCAUUCGGAAGGGGACCAGUGCCUCUGAGAAGGUCUGUGAAUGGAAGGAGCCUGAAGAGCUCAAGCAGCUGCUGGAUUUGGAGCUGCAGAGCCAGGGCGAGUCUCAGGAGCAGAUCCUGGAGCGCUGCCGGGCUGUGAUUCACUACAGUGUCAAGACUGGUCACCCCCGGUUCUUCAACCAGCUCUUCUCAGGGUUAGAUCCCCAUGCUCUGGCUGGGCGCAUCAUUACGGAGAGCCUCAAUACCAGCCAGUACACAUAUGAGAUUGCCCCCGUGUUUGUGCUCAUGGAAGAGGAGGUGCUGAAGAAACUCCGUGCCCUGGUGGGCUGGAACUCUGGGGAUGGGGUCUUCUGUCCUGGUGGCUCCAUCUCUAACAUGUACGCCAUGAACUUGGCCCGCUUUCAGCGCUACCCAGACUGCAAGCAGAGGGGCCUCCGCGCCCUGCCACCCUUGGCUCUCUUCACUUCAAAGGAGUGCCACUACUCCAUCACCAAGGGAGCGGCUUUUCUGGGACUUGGCACCGACAGUGUCCGAGUGGUCAAGGCUGAUGAGAGAGGGAAAAUGAUCCCUGAGGAUCUGGAGAGGCAGAUCAGUCUGGCAGAGGCUGAGGGCUCUGUGCCAUUUCUGGUCAGUGCCACCUCAGGUACCACCGUGCUAGGGGCCUUUGACCCCCUGGAUGCAAUUGCUGAUGUUUGCCAGCGCCACGGACUGUGGUUACAUGUGGAUGCCGCCUGGGGUGGGAGCGUCCUGCUGUCUCGGACACACAGGCAUCUCCUGGAUGGGAUCCAGAGGGCUGACUCCGUGGCCUGGAACCCUCACAAGCUUCUCGCCGCAGGGCUGCAGUGCUCUGCCCUUCUUCUCCGGGACACCUCGAACCUGCUCAAGCGCUGCCAUGGGUCCCAGGCCAGCUACCUGUUCCAGCAAGACAAGUUCUACGAUGUGACUCUGGACACCGGAGACAAGGUGGUGCAGUGUGGCCGCCGUGUGGAUUGUCUGAAGCUGUGGCUCAUGUGGAAGGCACAGGGUGGGCAAGGGCUGGAGCGGCGCAUCGACCAGGCCUUUGCUCUCACCCGGUACUUGGUGGAGGAGAUUAAAAAGCGGGAAGGAUUUGAGUUGGUCCUGGAGCCUGAGUUCGUCAACGUGUGCUUCUGGUUUGUGCCUCCCAGCCUGCGGGGGAAGAAGGAGAGUCCAGAUUACAGCCAAAGGCUGUCUCAGGUGGCCCCUGCACUCAAGGAGCGCAUGGUGAAGAAGGGGACCAUGAUGAUCGGCUACCAGCCCCAUGGGACCCGGGCCAACUUCUUCCGGAUGGUGGUGGCCAACCCCAUACUGGCCCAGGCCGACAUAGAUUUCCUUCUAGGCGAGCUGGAGCGCCUGGGCCAGGACCUGUGAGCUACUUCCUCUCUGCCCCACCCAAGCUCUGCAUAAUCUCCUGGGUUCUCAAAAGCACCUUUCUAGGAAACAGUGGCCUUGACCAUGUGUGCUCCCACACACUAACUCUCCCAGCUAAGUACUUGCUGUCAGGAGGGUAUCUCAGCACACUACAGUAUGCUCUUACGAAAUACGCUUUUGUUAAGUUGGGCAUAGGGGCACACACCUUUAACACCAGCACUGGGGAGGCAGAGGCAGACACAGGCAGAUCUCUGAGUUUGAAGCCAGCCUGGAUUACAGAGCUGGGCUACACAGAGAAACCCUCCCCCCACCAAAAAAAAAGAAAAGAAAAAUAUUUUUAACUAAAAUUAAUGUUUACAAAUAAUUUUUAUUAAUAUGAGAGAAAUGGUAUGAUGUAUUAAGAAAGCUGGAUAUGAGUUUAUAUAUCAUGGUAUCUGAGUUAUGCUAAAAAUUACAUAGGAAAAGGUGGUGGGUGGAACUGUGCCAAAGGUCAGCAGUUGUCCCUGGAAUGGGAUAAUAGGCUGUUCCCAAAUCAACCUUUUGGACCUUCUGUGCGUCCCCAUUUUAUUAUGUAACAACAUUACAUACUUCUGAAAUAGGACAAUAAAGCUGCAGUUUCUGUUA